AUGCACUCGGUGCAGCGGAGGAAGAAGCGGCCAAAGGAUGAAAAUCUGCGGGAGGAGAGGACGAAUCUGCGGGAGGAGACCACUUGUGCUUGCCCAGCAGCAGCACCAGCAGAGGAGAGCAGUAGAGAAGAAGAGCAACACCAGCAGAGGAGAGAAGAAGAGCAACACCAGCAGAGGAGAGAAGAAGAGCAGCUUCAAGUGUUCUUUUCUUCACUCUCGUUCGGGCCAACAAGGAGCGUGCUUCGACCACCGACGAGUGAAGGUCGAACCGCGGAGCAGCAGCAGCAGCAACAGCACCAGCAGAGGAGGGCAGCAGAGAGGAAGAGCAACACCAGCAGAGGAGAGAAGAAGAGCAGCUUCAAGUGUUCUUCACUCUCGUUCGGGUCAACAAGGAGCGUGUUUCGACCAUCGACGAGUGAAGGUCGAACCGCGGAGCAGCAGCAGCAGCAACACCGACAGAGAAGAAGAGCAGCACCAGCAGAGCAGCAGAGGAGGGAAGAAGAGCAGCACCAGCAGAGGAGAGAAGAAGAGCAGCCCCAAGUCUUCUUCAGUACCGUUCGGGCCGGCGAAGAGUGUGUUUCGCACACGGUGCGGCAGAGGAAGAUAAAUUAA